GCUCCUUCCUAAAGUACCUCCGCCUUACUUAGUGGGAAGCCUCUGGGCUGGGGCAGUGUGUGGCAGGGGAAGGCCCUGGUCCUUCACGCUGGGACCUUUGUAAUCUAGGUUUCAGAACAGCAGGGUCUCCCCCCAGGCGACCCUACCUGCUUGUCCUCAGGCCCCUGGGGGCGGAGCGUCACGCGAAGGCCGCUGGGCAGGACCCCUCCCGCCCCAGCCCUUGCUCCCCGGUACCUGUAGCCGGUCUCCACCGCCGCUGCGGAGCGCGCCCAGGAUCUCCAGCACCCGCCCGGGCUGCCGCAUCAGGACCGUGGCCUUCAUCAGGGUGCUCACCUGUCCCGAGACCCGAGAGAACCGCUGACCCCGGCGCCGCGCUGGGCCCCAGGGGAGCGGGGCUCGCCCGGGCGCCGCGCCGCGACCUCGGCGGCCCGCCGGGGGCCUGGGGGCGCCGCGGGUUCGGGGCCCGCUGCAUGCGGGACGCUUCCCGCAGCCUCACCUCUUCCGCCAUCGCGUGGGGGGCCUGGUCGGCGGCGCGGGAGAAGACUACGGUCCCGCGGCCGCACUGCGCAGGCGUCGCCCGCCGUUCGCGCCGGGUGCCACCCGGGCCUCGGAGCUUUUACAGGACGCAGGCUGGAGCAACUGGUGGCGGGUUCUAUUUGUGUAGGGAGCACAGUGGGAGCCAUGGAAGGUGGACGGAUGCUGCAAGGAUCUGAACCUGGACAACCUGAAGAGAGCAACAGAAGUAGAAUCAAUAAAAAACGCUAAUAUGGUGUUGGUGGGUGCCAUGGAGAUGGAGAGCACGGCGGCCUCCACACGGUUCCACCAGCCUCACAUGGAGAGGAAGAUGAGCGCGAUGACCUGUGAGAUCUUCAAUGAACUUCGGCUAGAGGGCAAGCUCUGCGACGUGGUCAUCAAGGUCAAUGGCUUUGAGUUCAAUGCCCACAAGAACAUCCUCUGUAGCUGCAGUUCCUACUUUAGAGCUUUGUUUACAAGUGGCUGGAACAACACUGAGAAGAAGGUAUACAACAUUCCUGGCAUUUCCCCUGACAUGAUGAAGCUAAUUAUUGAAUAUGCAUACACCCGGACCGUGCCUAUCACCCCGGACAACGUGGAGAAGCUGCUGGCUGCUGCAGACCAAUUUAACAUCAUGGGUAUUGUUAGGGGUUGCUGCGAGUUCCUCAAGUCGGAGCUGUGUCUGGAUAAUUGUAUCGGUAUCUGCAAGUUCACGGACUACUACUAUUGCCCUGAGCUGAGGCAGAAGGCCUACAUGUUCAUACUGCACAACUUCGAGGAGAUGGUGAAAGUCUCAGCAGAGUUUCUAGAGCUCUCGGUCACUGAACUUAAGGAUAUCAUUGAGAAAGAUGAGCUCAACGUCAAACAGGAAGAUGCUGUAUUUGAGGCCAUUUUAAAGUGGAUUUCCCAUGACCCCCAAAAUAGGAAGCAGCACAUUUCAGUUUUACUUCCUAAGGUUCGCCUGGCCCUAAUGCAUGCCGAGUACUUCAUGAACAAUGUUAAGAUGAAUGACUACGUCAAAGAUAGUGAGGAAUGCAAGCCGGUCAUCAUUAAUGCCCUCAAGGCCAUGUAUGAUCUAAACAUGAAUGGACCCUCUAAUUCUGACUUCACCAACCCACUCACCAGGCCCCGCCUGCCCUAUGCCAUCCUGUUUGCAAUUGGUGGCUGGAGUGGUGGGAGCCCCACCAAUGCCAUUGAGGCAUAUGAUGCUCGGGCAGACAGAUGGGUGAAUGUCACUUGUGAGGAAGAGAGUCCUCGUGCCUAUCAUGGGGCGGCCUACUUGAAAGGCUAUGUUUAUAUCAUUGGGGGGUUUGAUAGUGUAGACUAUUUCAAUAGUGUUAAGCGUUUUGAUCCAGUUAAGAAAACUUGGCACCAAGUGGCCCCGAUGCACUCCAGGCGUUGCUAUGUCAGCGUGACGGUCCUCAGCAAUUUUAUAUACGCCAUGGGAGGAUUCGACGGCUAUGUGCGUCUCAAUACUGCUGAACGUUAUGAGCCAGAGACCAACCAGUGGACACUCAUCGCCCCCAUGCAUGAACAGAGGAGUGAUGCCAGCGCCACAACACUCUACGGGAAGGUCUACAUAUGUGGUGGGUUUAAUGGAAAUGAAUGCCUGUUUACAGCAGAAGUGUACAACACUGAGAGUAAUCAGUGGACAGUCAUAGCACCCAUGAGAAGCAGGAGGAGUGGAAUAGGUGUAAUUGCUUAUGGGGAACAUGUGUACGCGGUAGGUGGCUUUGAUGGAGCUAAUCGACUUAGGAGUGCAGAAGCCUACAGCCCAGUGGCUAAUACUUGGCGUACAAUCCCCACUAUGUUUAAUCCGCGUAGCAAUUUUGGCAUCGAGGUGGUGGAUGACCUCUUGUUUGUGGUAGGUGGCUUUAAUGGCUUUACCACCACCUUUAAUGUUGAGUGCUAUGAUGAAAAGACCGAUGAGUGGUAUGAUGCUCACGACAUGAGUAUAUACCGCAGUGCUCUGAGCUGCUGUGUGGUACCAGGGCUGGCCAAUGUUGGGGAAUAUGCAGCUAGACGGGACAACUUCACAGGAUUAGCACUGCGAGAUGAAGUAAAGUAUUCCGCUUCGACAAGUACCCUACCUGUAUGA